AACCUGUUUCGUUUGAAACCUUAAAAAGAAUAUUUUAUAAAUAUUUUAAUUUGCGCUGCAAAACGUUAAAAAAAGACACAUGUAACAAAUGUGAUACUUUCACACAAAAAAUAAAAAACUACACAUCGGCCAAUGAAAAGUUGAAAUUGGAGAAAGAAAAGGAAGAUCAUUUAAAUCGAGCACAAGACCUGCGACAAUCCAUGAAUGAGGAUUUAGCACGAGCCAAAACAGACCAAACUUUUGAAUGCCUAACAUUCGACCUUGAGAAAACUCUCCCGUUGCCGCGCAUCCCUACCAAUAUUGUGUUUUAUAAACGCCAACUAUGGCUGUACAAUAGUGGCAUACUUGCUGGCUCCAAUGACACCGGCCACUGUAACGUAUGGUUGGAAGGUGAAGCUGGUCGGGGAGCACAAGAGGUCGGUUCGUGUCUAGUACGAUACAUAAAACAUAAAAUGGACCCAAAAGUUGAAGAGCUGGCACUAUGGAGUGACUGUUGCGGGGGACAAAAUCGUAACAUUAAAAUAGUUUUAAUGCUUAAGGCCUUACUAAACUCACAUCCUAGUCUCCAAACCAUCACAUUCAAAUACCUAGAGUCCGGCCACACAUUCUUACCGAACGAUACCGAUUUCUCCAAGAUAGAAUACCAGCUAAAAUUCCAUGAAAGAAUAUAUACUGCCGAAGAUUACAUUAACGUAAUGAAAAGCUGUAGAAAGAAGAACCCUCUUAAAGUUUACAGAAUGCAGAUGAAAGAUUUCGUGUCAACGUCUAAAAUUGAAAAGAAAAUAGUAAACAGAAAAACAUUUAUUUCGAAAGAAAAAGUGAAUUGGCUAAAGACAAAAGAAAUUUGUAUUAAAAAGAAUUUCAAACAUUCCAUUUUUAUGAAAAUAGAUGGAGUAGUUAAAGAGUUAAACAUUGAAAAAAAAGUUAGAGGAAAAGUUUUAGAUAUUUCUGAGGAUGAUUUUAAUUAUCUUUGGCCUGAUGGCAAAGAAAUUGCACAGGCAAAAUUGGACGAUUUAACAUCAAUGUUCCAUCUUAUCCCUAAAGACUGUCUGGACUUUUACAAGUUCUUAAAAGGAAAAGAAUCUGAGGAAGAUGUGGAUGGGUACGGAGCGGAACCAGAUUUUGAGGUGGAGCUGGAGCUGGGUGAUGAUGAGGAAAAAUAG